AUGUUUCCAUCCGGUCGAGCCGUCAGGAGAGGAACGCCUCUUGUAACGGGGCCCUUUAGGCACGUACCCGAUGUGACGCGGAAAGAGAGAGAGAGAGAGAGGGAGCGAGAGCGAGAAAGAAAGAAAGAAAGAAAGAGAGAGCGAGCGAGCGAGCGAGUGAGGGAGCGGCAGCUGUGCGCGACGUGUGUACGCAGCAAGUGGAAAGAGAGAAAGAGAGAGAGAAAGAAGGCGUUAGAGGGCGAGAGGAGAAGAGGUGAGAAAGAGAGGGAGAAUGGGAGGCGAGAAGGAGGCGCCGUCGACCUUCGCUUUUACGAAACGGUGGAGCGAAGGAGGCGGACGAGCGGCCGCGCGCGCGCUUAUACCGGUUCCACGGACACACUCUCUCUCCUCGAGCGGUUCUCCCGUGGCGUCUCCCGUCGACGCCUCGCGCUCAUCGUGCUCGCCCCGGGUGUCGUCGUACGGUUAACGGCGCCUCCUGAGCGCGCGUCGCGUUACCGGAACACGCUUCGGUUGUUGUUGUUGUUGACACGUGGGCUUUGACAGAAGCCGUGCCGUGGCGAAUGUCGCGUCGCGAGUGGCCGCGCGAGUUGCCGACGCGUGUCGCAGUGCGUCCUGGCGUCCGCGCGAGGAGGCGACGUCGACCUCGCGGGAAAGUGACAUCGUUUCCGUUUAUACCGUGUGACCGACCGAUCGGCCGGUCGGCUUAAUGUCGAAAUGCUAAGUUGGGCGCACGCGCGCGGCGCGUUACACACGCGAUAGAGUGCGCCGCGUUUAACGACGACGAUGAGCGGUCGUAUUGCGAGCGCGUCGUCGUCGCCGGUACUCCGGGCUCGCGAUCCGAACGCUCUCCGGCUCGCGCUCGAACAUCCCCGCCGGUCGGGAUGUUCCCCCGGGAGCUCUCUCGCGCGUCUCCUCGCGCCCGGAGGAAAUAUAAGUCGGUUCACGCGUCCGCGAGACGCUCGUGGAUCCACGCGCUCUGGAACGUGCGGUGAGUGCGGCCGAUAUGGUAAGGCGUCGCGUGCGACGGCGGCGGUUGUUGUUGUUGUUGCCCGCUUCUCGCGGCGAAGACGAAAAUUACGUUGCACAAUGUGUGGGACUGCCGCCCGCGGGACGAAUCGGAUUCACGUGAGAAAAGAAAAAGUACCUCUUAAGAAAAAAAAUAUAUAAAAUAUAUAUAUAUAUAUAUAUA